CGGUAAGGGAGGCCCGCGAAGGCCUGGAGUAGGCCUCAAAGCCAGGCCGGUCGCCAUGGCAACCGGCCGGCUCAGGGCGCCUGCGCCGACUAGGCCGCACCGCUUCCCGGCGUCGUUCUUCCUUCGAGAUCCGGCGCGAUGGCCGGUGCGGAUCCGGACUUCGUGCUCCGCUACUUGGCCGAGGUGGAGGCGCUAGCCGAGGAGGUGAUGGCCAAUAGGCAGCAGAUUGUCGAUCUGAAUCAGAAACGGAACCAGAACCGGGAAGCCUUAAGAGCCCUGAGCAAGGAAUUGGAUUCUGCUGACAAAGCCACGGUUUGCUUCGGGAGUAUGUUCAUACAGCUUCCAAAAACUAAGACCCAGGAGAUGCUACAGAGAGGUGCGUCUUAUAGUCCGAAAAAAUACAGUAAUCGAAUGAAUUCCAGCAGGCAUCCAUGUGGGCCUUCAAUCUCACCAACAGCUGGCUCUUCCUCUCCUCUUUCCGCAGAUCAAGAGCUGCUGGAGGAAGAAAUCGGGAAAUUGCAGCAGGAGCUCAAGGUGAAAGUCAGCAACCUCAUGGAGGCCCAAGAUGCCAAGGACCUCGAUCAGCUGAGCAGGAACGAUAUCACCCACAUCGUCUCCAUUCACGAGUCCCCGCAGCCCUUCAUUCCGGGAAUCACUUAUCUUCGGAUCGUCCUGCCAGACACUCCUGAGGCCAACAUCAAGAAGCAUUUUAAGAAAUGCAUCCGUUUCAUCCAUUCCUGUCGGCUGCAAGGAGGAACCUGCCUCGUUCAUUGCCUAGCUGGGAUCUCCCGCAGCACUACCAUCGUCCUGGCUUACCUCAUGGUGGUGACGCAGCUGGGCUGGCUUGAGGCCCUCGAAGCGGUCAAGGCCGUGCGUCCAGUGGCCAACCCCAACCUAGGUUUUCGUCGGCAGCUGGAGGAGUUCGGACGUAGCCGGUCAGUGCAGAAGAUCCGCCAGAAACUUCAGCCCCCGCCCCGAGGAACCCUUUUCAAUGACCGCGAAGCUCUCCGAGGUCUUCUGCCCUCUGGACGAAAGCUGGAGCCCCCCAGCCCCGAGCGGCCUUGGCCGGCCCCGGGGCCCAAGACCACCGGCAGCGGGGUCAAACACAUGGAUUCUUUUCUGAUAAGGGUGAAGGAUACCUUUUCCUGUUUGCCCAGCUGUCUUAAAUGAAACUUUCCAAAGUUUUUUCUGAAAAUGCAAGGAGAUUCCUAUGACGGAGAAGCAAAAGCAGGACCAGACAAGAGGGAUCUUAUCCGUUGACAUCCCUAAGAGGAAACAGAAUGGACAGGGCAGAGCUGGAGAUGAGGAACUGGAAAACGUUGGCAGUGCCAGGCAAAAUUGGCAUAUUUUCUACUGCUCCCAAAUUCCCAUUGGAAGGAUUUUCAACUCAAAGCACCCUAAAAACAGUGAAAUGGGUUUCCAGGAUGUACUAUUUUUAUUUUAUUCGAAAAAACGUUAAAAUCCAAAAUUUUAAAAAAACCAAAGAAAAAAACCGCAAUAAAGCAUUUAAAAAGUGCACUAAAGAGAAAAAGAAAGCCAAAACAUACUGAAUAUACAUUCAAUUCAAUUCAGUUUAUUACAGUCAGAGACCCGAACAAAUAAAAAGACUCGGUGAAUAUUGAAUUGAAUUAAAACAUAUAUACAUAUUAUCCUGCCUAGUUGAAUAUUGAUUGGUACAAUGCUACAAUAUUGGUUCCCAUCCCCUGAGAAACAGCUCCCCCGCCAAAAAAAUUUUUUUAAACUAGUAAAUCUAUUUGCAAAUUAUUAACCUGCCAUCUAUAGAUUAUAUUCAUGACAAACUAGAUAACAGGAUAAUAAUUUAAUAAAGAGAAGAUUAAAGUUUCAAAACCCUCUGCUAACGAAGUAUUGAAUUUGUACAAUACUGGUAUUGUAAUUCACUCUUAGAAAAUUUACGGUAGCAUCUUACCUGUCUCAAGCCAGGAACCUCAGCCAAGAUUUGGGAAGGAACUGGAGAUCGCUCAGACUGGCAGGGUCACUUUGGCAGGAA